UGCUGAGCAUCGCCGGGAGCCUGAGCCGAGGUUGGCCGGCGCGCCGGGCCAUGUAGCGGAGGCCGUGGCGGAGUCCCGAGCCGAGGCAGCGCCCCCUGCGAGGCAGCUGGCGAUGUCCCGGGUCCUGUGAACGGUGCGGCCCACCGGGACGCGCGCGCGGCACCCAACACCCAGACGCGACAGCGCGGCCAGCGCGGCCAGGGCUGCUCAGCGCGGUGCGGGGACACGCACUCGGGCCCACUUGGGCUGGCGCUGACGUCUAAGAUGUUCCCGACGAGGUGGCAUGGACCUGCGGUGGGGUGCCUCUGGGGCUUGUGCUGGCUAGCGCUGGCCUUCUGCAAGGCUGCCUUCGCCUGCCCCGCGUCCUGCCAGUGCAGCGCCUCUAGAAUCUGGUGCAGCGACGCUUCUCCGGGCAUCGUGGCAUUUCCCCGAUUGGACGCUAACAAUGCAGACCCCGAGAACAUAACCGAAAUUUACAUUGCAAAUCAGAAGAGAUUAGAAAUCAUCAAUGAAGGUGAUCUUGAAGCUUACGUGGGAUUGAAAAAUCUGACAGUUGUGGAUUCUGGAUUAAAAGUUGUGGCUCAUAAAGCAUUCCUGAAAAAUGGUGAUUUACAGCACAUCAAUUUUACCCGAAAUAAACUGACAAGCUUGUCUAGGAAACAUUUUCGUCAUCUUGAAUUGUCUGAACUGAUCCUGGUUGGCAAUCCAUUUACAUGCUCCUGUGAUAUUAUGUGGAUCAAGACUCUUCAGGAGACUAAAUCCAAUCCAGAAACUCAGGAUUUGUACUGCGUAAAUGAAAGGAAUAAGAAUAUUCCCCUGACAAGCCUGCAGAUACCCAAUUGUGGAUUGCCAUCUGCAAAUCUGGCUGCACCCAACCUUACAGUGGAAGAAGGAACAUCUGUCAUCUUAUCUUGUAAUGUUGCAGGCGAUCCAGUCCCAAAUCUGUACUGGGAUGUUGGUAAUCUGAUUUCCAAACAUAUGAAUGAAACAAGCCACACACAGGGAUCCUUAAGGAUAACUAACAUUUCAUCUGAUGACAGUGGAAAACAAAUCUCGUGUGUGGCAGAAAAUAUUGUAGGAGAAGAUCAAGAUUCUGUCAACCUCACUGUACAUUUUGCUCCAACUAUCACAUUUCUCGAAUCUCCAACCUCAGACCACCACUGGUGCAUUCCAUUCACUGUGAAAGGCAACCCCAAACCAACGCUUCAGUGGUUCUAUAAAGGGGCCAUAUUGAACGAGUCCAAAUACAUCUGUACCAAAAUCCAUGUUACCAAUCAUACGGAAUACCAUGGCUGCCUCCAGCUGGAUAAUCCCACUCACGUGAAUAAUGGGGACUACAAGUUAGUAGCCAAGAAUGAGUAUGGGAAGGAUGAAAAACAGAUUUUUGCUCACUUCAUGCGCUGGCCUGGAAAUGGAGGUGAAAGCUCAAAUUACUCUGAUCUAUUUUAUGACCCAGAUUAUGGGACGGCAGCAAGUGACUUUGGGGACUCCACAAAUGGAAGUAAUGAAAUCCCUCCUGAUGAUAAAAGAGAUCGUGAACAUCUCUCGGUCUAUGCUGUGGUAGUAAUUGCAUCUGUGGUGGGAUUCUGUCUCGUAGUAAUGCUCUUUUUGCUGAAAUUGGCAAGACAUUCCAAGUUUGGCAUGAAAGGUCCAGCCUCGGUUAUCAGCAAUGAUGAUGACUCUGCUAGCCCACUCCACCACAUCUCCAAUGGGAGUAAUACCCCUUCAUCUUCGGAGGGCGGCCCUGAUGCUGUCAUUAUUGGAAUGACCAAGAUCCCUGUCAUUGAAAAUCCCCAGUACUUUGGCAUCACCAAUAGUCAGCUCAAGCCAGACACAUUUGUUCAGCAUAUCAAGCGCCACAACAUCGUUCUGAAAAGGGAGCUAGGCGAAGGAGCCUUUGGAAAAGUCUUCCUAGCAGAAUGUUACAACCUCUGUCCAGAACAGGACAAGAUCUUGGUGGCAGUAAAGACUCUAAAAGACGCCAGUGACAAUGCGCGCAAAGAUUUUCACCGCGAGGCCGAGCUGUUGACCAACCUCCAGCAUGAACACAUCGUCAAGUUCUAUGGUGUCUGCGUAGAGGGGGACCCCCUCAUUAUGGUCUUUGAGUACAUGAAACAUGGGGACCUCAACAAGUUCCUCAGGGCGCAUGGACCUGACGCUGUGCUCAUGGCUGAGGGCAACCCCCCAACAGAGCUGACUCAGUCUCAGAUGCUGCACAUUGCCCAGCAGAUCGCCGCUGGCAUGGUCUACCUGGCAUCCCAGCACUUUGUACACCGAGACCUGGCCACCCGGAACUGCCUGGUCGGGGAGAACCUACUGGUGAAAAUUGGGGACUUUGGCAUGUCCCGGGAUGUGUACAGCACUGACUACUACAGGGUUGGUGGCCACACAAUGCUGCCCAUUCGCUGGAUGCCUCCAGAGAGCAUCAUGUACAGGAAGUUCACCACAGAAAGUGAUGUCUGGAGUCUGGGAGUCGUGUUGUGGGAGAUCUUUACAUACGGCAAGCAACCCUGGUACCAGCUAUCAAACAAUGAGGUGAUAGAAUGCAUUACUCAGGGCCGAGUCUUGCAACGACCUCGAACAUGCCCCCAGGAAGUCUAUGAGUUGAUGCUGGGGUGCUGGCAGCGGGAACCCCACAUGAGGAAGAACAUCAAGGGCAUCCACACCCUCCUGCAGAACUUGGCCAAGGCAUCUCCAGUCUACCUGGAUAUUCUAGGCUAGAGCCCUGUCUCCCAGACCUACCCUUCCCAAAGCACCUACUCAGAUGGCCAAGAGGAUGAACAUCUUGUAACUGCCACUGGAUGCCACCAACAUGUUGUUCUUCACUCUGACAGUAUUAACCACAGAGAUGCAGAGUAAAGCUUUCAGAGGGAAGCAAUGUGGACUUCUCAUUGUAGACACAGUAUGGACUUCUUUUUGGCAUUCUCUCUCUCUCCUUUUCCAUCUCCCUUGGUUUGCUCCCUAUUUUUGUCUUUUAUCUGUUCUUUUUACUUUGUUUUUAAGUCUUCCCAGCUUCACAGAUUUUAUCCUUUCUUUUAAAACCAAUCUGGCUUCUGCAUUACUCUAAACUCUGCAUAGACAAAGGCCUUAACAAACCUAAUUUGUUAUAUCAGCAGACUCUCCAGUUUGCCCACCACAACUAACAAUGCCUUGUUGAAUUCCUGCCUUUGAUGUGGAUGAAUAAAAGGGAAACAAAUAUUUGACUUAAACUUUGUCACUUCUGCUGUACAGACAUAGAGAGUUUCUUUGGAUUCACUUCUAUUUAUUUAUUAUUAUUAUUAUUACUGUUGUUAUUAUUACUGUUUUUUUUGGAUGGCUUCAGUCUGUGUGUGAAAAAGGAAAACUUUGUGUUCAAUCUGGGAAACCUUUAUGGGAGAUUAAAGUCAGAGAGAAAGAAGAUUUAUUGUAACCCACACUCUACAUGGGAUCACAGCUAUCACUGGGAUCAGCUGCUAUUUGCCCCUACUUGGGAAAAGCCCAGCAACUGUCAGCUGAGAAGAAUGUAUCCUGGAACUUCCCCUGAGAACUUUUCUGAGGAGCAAAGACUGUUGCACUUUGUGCCAUGGACUCUUCUCUUCCCAUGAGCAGAAGCACUAGAGAACAGCAAAGAGAGAGAUGGCUUCCGUGACACACAAGAUGGCGCAUCACAGACUCAUUGGUCUUGUCCUUGUAGGUCACGGUGAUGGCACUGGUUUGCUUUUCAAGUGUUACCCACUGAG